AUGAAUUGCUACAUUCUGUCCUUAAUAUGGGCGAUAACAUUACCUGCGUGCAUGGCCAUCCACGGAUUAUACAAUUUCGGUCAACCCGAGUUAUUCUACAAAAAGAAUAACUGCAAACCCAUCCCGGCCAAUCUUCUCCUGUGUCAUGACAUCGAAUACACCGAGAUGCGCCUCCCGAAUCUUCUCGGGCACGAGACCAUGAACGAGGUUUUGCAGCAAGCCUCUUCGUGGAUUCCACUGGUCCAGAAGCAGUGUCACCCCGACACGAGGAAGUUUCUUUGCUCUCUCUUUGCACCGGUGUGUCUGGACGAUUUGGACGAGACUAUCCAGCCGUGCAGGUCGUUGUGCGAGAGCGUCAAAGACGGUUGCGCGCCGGUGAUGUCCGCGUUCGGGUUCCCGUGGCCAGAUAUGCUUGACUGCGAGCGCUUCCCGCCCGACAAUGACCUGUGUAUCCCUCCAGCGGGCAUCGAUCAUUUCAUGCCAGUCACCAAAGAAGUGCCCAGAGUGUGUGACGCCUGCAAGGAAAAGGAGGAAAACGACAAUGAAAUAGUUGACAACCUGUGCAAAAAUGACUUCGCCCUGAAGAUCAAGGUAAAGGAGAUCUCCUACAUGAACGGCGACACCAAGAUCGUGCCCGAGACCAAGAGCAAGACCAUCUACAAGCUGAGCGGCGUGACUGAGCGCGACCUGCGCAAGACGGUGCUCUGGCUCAAAGAUGGCCUGCAGUGCGUGUGCGACGAGAUGAACGACAUCAACGCCUCCUACCUGGUCAUGGGCCAGAAGAUGGAUGGCCACCUGGUGAUCACCUCGCUCAAGCGCUGGCAGCGGGGCCAGCGCGAGUUCAAGAGGAUCUCGCGCAGCAUCCGCAAGCUGCAGUGCUGA